GUGGGCAGCUGUGCUCGAGGUAGACCGGCUGGAACCCGGGCCGGCCGCUUGCAGGGCCUGACUCGGAGAGGUUGGACUCCCCGGGAGCUUCCCGUGGAGGUGCGGCCGCAGUUACAUAAGGAGCGGAGGGGGAAGGGACGGUUCCGAGGCGGCGGCCGCGGCCCCUUUAAACGCGGAUCCCGGGGCGCGCCGGGCUCCCGCCUCGCCGCUGCCCCCUCCCCGGCUCGCUGCGGCGACAAAUCCGCUCCUCGCCCGCCUCCUCCGCCGAGCGCUCGCAGCCGAGCCGGGCGGCGCCGGGAAGCGCUGCCGCGCGGCUCUGCACCGGAGCCGGCCAGCCCCAGCCCCCGGCCAAGCCACUGCAGCCAGCGGUGAGGGGCGCGAUGGAGGCUCCGCGCCUGGCGCACACCAUGGGCAGCCCCACGAGCCCCUGCGAGGAGGUGAUCAAGAACCUCAGCCUGGAGGCUAUUCAGCUCUGCGAUAGGGACGGGAAUAAAUCACAAGACAGUGGGAUUGCAGAGAUGGAGGAGCUUCCAGUCCCACACAACAUCAAAAUAAGUAACAUCACGUGUGAUUCCUUCAAGAUUUCUUGGGACAUGGAUUCUAAAUCCAAGGAUCGCAUUACUCAUUACUUCAUCGAUCUCAACAAGAAAGAAAACAAGAAUUCCAACAAAUUCAAACACAAGGAUGUACCCACCAAGCUGGUGGCCAAGGCCGUCCCUCUGCCCAUGACGGUGCGCGGGCACUGGUUCCUGAGCCCCAGGACGGAGUACACGGUGGCGGUGCAGACGGCCUCCAAGCAGGUCGAUGGCGAUUACGUCGUUUCAGAGUGGAGUGAGAUCAUUGAGUUCUGCACCGCAGAUUAUUCAAAAGUUCACCUAACACAGCUGUUGGAAAAAGCUGAAGUGAUUGCAGGCCGUAUGCUUAAACUGUCUGUUUUUUAUCGGAAUCAGCACAAAGAAUACUUUGAUUAUGUCAGAGAGCAUCACGGGAAUGCUAUGCAGCCCUCUGUUAAGGAUAACAGUGGCAGCCAUGGCUCUCCGAUCAGUGGGAAGUUGGAAGGCAUCUUCUUUAGCUGCAACACUGAGUUUAACACUGGGAAGCCACCCCAAGAUUCACCCUAUGGAAGAUACAGGUACGAGAUUGCAGCUGAAAAACUCUUCAACCCAAAUACUAACUUGUACUUUGGAGACUUCUACUGCAUGUACACAGCCUACCACUACGUCAUCCUCGUGAUCGCCCCCGUGGGGUCACCAGGAGAUGAGUUUUGUAAGCAGCGCCUUCCCCAGCUAAAUAUAAAAGAUAACAAAUUUCUGACCUGUGAUGAAGAAGAUGGAGUCAUGGUUUACCAUCAUGCCCAGGAUGUAAUUUUGGAAGUAAUUUACACUGAUCCUGUGGAUCUCUCCCUUGGCACAGUUGCAGAAAUUACUGGUCACCAACUUAUGAGCUUGUCUACUGCAAAUGCAAAGAAAGAUCCCAGCUGCAAGACCUGCAAUAUCAGUGUUGGACGUUAAAACUUCCCUCAUUCCUUAAGAGCCUUCAAACCUCUGUUGCCCAUUUCCAUAGUCAGACAAUUCUGUCAGAAGCAUGCACAUGCCGCUGUCACCAAAAGCAACUGCCAGUCUUCAAAAUCUCCAGUAGCCUUCUUAGGAUUUCUUCUCUCCCUCCUUCCCUUCUGUUCCCCCGAUGCUUUAAAUGAUUAGAAGUCCUGGAUUUCUUUCUGGCAACCAUUUAUACCUAGAUGCUGCAAAACUUGUUUUCUGUUUCUUGCCAAACAUAACAAAAUCCUAUAUAAACUGCUUUAGCAAAAUAAAAAUAACUGCUUAUAAUUGGUGUUUAAAUAUGCAUUCAUUUUAACUACUGAACAAGUACUGGGAUAACUGAACAGCAUGAAAGGUUGUAAUUGCAGCAUGAUUUGAAUUUCAGAGCCUAGAAAUGUCAGCACUUCCAACGUGUUGUUUGACGGUGUUAUUUAUGUUAUUUAUAUUAGCUAACUGAAAACAGAAACUGUGUCUCGAC